AUGGAUCUGCCAGACCCAGAUAUGACUGAUGGGCAGAGUGCCAGUCAGGCAGCUCCUGUGAAUAGUUCUGCCCCAGUGGUUGGUUCAGAUACAGUUUCACAGUUUACUACGUUAGUUGCUCAGAUGAUGAGCGAGACGCAGAAUAGAGUUUCUGCUGUUAGAUCUGAAGAUGUAGAUAAACAUCUACAAAUGUUUCUGAGAUUGAAGCCUCCAAGGUUUGAGGACACUGUUGAGCCCAGAGCAACUGAGGAUUGGUUGAGGAGAUCGGAAAAGACAUUUGAUGGCAUGCAAUGUCCUCCUGAUAGAAAGGUACCGUUAGCAGUUUUUUUGUUGGAUGGUGAAGCGGAGCGCUGGUGGAUGGGCCAGCAGGAGGAGAAAUUUCAAGGUAAACUGAACUCUCUGAUUACAUGGGAAGAAUUUUCUGAAGUAUUUAGUUCUUGGUUUGUAUCCCCUUCUGCAAGACAACAAAUGCAUGAGACUUUUCUGAGAUUGGUUGAGGGGAGCAAGACAGUUCUGCAGUACGAGGCAGAGUUUACUACUUUAGCCAGAUAUGCUCCACAGUUGGUGAGUACUGAUUGA